UUCAGCCGGGCUGACUGCUGCUCUCUCUCUCCUGCUCCAGUAACUGGAGGCACAAGUUCCUUCUUCACCAGCCUCAACUUCAUCUCUCAGGUCUGGGCUGUGUUCUGCUGCUUCAGCCAUGGCACCCAAAAAGAACAAGACGAGCAAAAAGAGUAAAGGAGACAUUAAUGAAAUGACCAUAAUGGUCGAGGACAGCCCCAUCAACAAGAUCAACGGGCUCAACACUCUGCUGGAAGGAGGAAACGGCUUCAACUGCAUCUCAACUGAAGUCACUGAUUCUGUGUAUGCCCCAAACCUCCUGGAGGGUUUGAGCACCAUGAGGCAGGACAGCUUCCUCUGCGAUCUCACUGUCGCCACCAAGUCAAAGUCGUUUGAUGUCCACAAGGUUGUCAUGGCCUCCUGCAGCGAGUACAUUCGAAACAUCUUGAAGAAGGACUCGUCCCUCCAGAAGAUUGACCUGAACGACCUCUCACCUGUCGGCCUCGCCACAGCCAUUACAUAUGCUUACUCCGGAAAGCUGACCCUGUCACUGUACAGCAUCGGCAGCACCAUCGCUGCGGCCAUGCUGCUGCAGAUCGGCACCUUAGUGAAGAUGUGCAGCGAUUUCCUCAUGCAGGAGCUCAGCGUGGAGAACUGCAUGUACGUGGCCAACAUCGCUGACGCCUAUGACCUCAAAGGAACCAAGGAGGCCGCUCAGAAGUUCAUGAGGGAGAACUUCAUCGAGUUUUCUGAAAUGGAGCAGUUCCUGAAGCUCACCUAUGAGCAGAUUAGUGAUUUCCUCUCUGAUGAUUCCCUGCAGCUUCCUUCUGAAAUCACGGCCUUCCAGAUCGCCAUGAAGUGGUUGGACUUUGACGAGAAGAGGCUGAAGUACGCUGCGGAUCUCCUGACUCUCAUCCGCUUUGGCACAAUCGCGGCCCAGGACCUGGUGAAUCACGUCCAGAGCGCGCCCAGAAUGAUGCAAGACCCCGAGUGCCACCGUCUCCUCGUUGAUGCCAUGAAUUACCACCUGCUGCCGUACCAACAGAACAUCCUCCAGUCACGCAGGACAAAGGUGCGCGGCGGCCUCAAGGUGAUACUGACAAUUGGUGGACGCCCUGCGUUGACCGAGAAAUCUCUCAGCAAAGACGUUCUCUACAGAGAUGCAGAUAACGUGUGGAAUAAGUUGACAGAAAUGCCAGCCAAGAGCUUCAACCAGUGUGUGGCAGUGCUGGACGGCUUCCUGUAUGUGGCCGGUGGCGAGGACCAGAAUGAUGCAAGGAACCAGGCUAAACAUGCUGUUAGCAACUUCUGCAGAUAUGACCCUCGCUUCAACACUUGGAUUCACUUGAACAACAUGAUCCAGAGGCGCACACACUUCAGCCUCAACACCUUCAACGGCCUCCUGUUUGCCAUCGGAGGACGCAACAGCGACGGUGUUCAGGCCUCUGUGGAGUGCUACGUGCCCUCUUCCAAUCAGUGGCAGAUGAAAGCACCCAUGGAGGUGCCCCGCUGCUGUCACGGCAGCUCCCUCAUCAAUGGCAAGAUCCUUGUAUCCGGAGGUUACAUCAACAACGCCUACUCCAGGGCCGUGUGCAUGUACGACCCCUCCACCGACAGCUGGCAGGAUAAGAGCAGCCUGAGCACACCUAGAGGCUGGCACUGCGCCGCCACCGUGGGAGACCGGGCCUACGUCAUUGGUGGCAGUCAGCUGGGAGGUCGUGGGGAGAGGGUUGAUGUCCUCGCCGUUGAGUCUUACAACCCUAGCAGCGGGCAGUGGAGCUACUGCACGCCUCUUCACACGGGGGUGAGCACGGCUGGUAUUUCCAUUUUGAACAACAAGGUGUAUCUCCUGGGAGGCUGGAAUGAGGGAGAGAAGAAGUACAAGAAAUGCAUUCAGGUUUUCAACCCCGACCUCAACGAAUGGACUGAGGAUGACGAGUUGCCGGAAGCUACAGUCGGCAUUUCAUGCUGUGUCGUCACCAUACCCACACGGAAAACACGAGAGUCCAGAGCCAGUUCAGUAUCUUCUGCACCAGUCAGUAUAUAAAACGGUGGUCAUAAUGUAGUUUAUGUGUUUAAAGGUCUCCAGCUCUUCUGUUGCAAAAGUCUUGGGCUUUAAAAUCAACCAAUAUUCCAAGAUAAGUCUACAAUGGUCAUCAUCUUUGUUAAAAAAUAAUAAUAAC